ACUUGACUUGCCGGUUUCUAUAGGAUGUAAAGUCUCCGCUGACCGGAUAGUGUUUGUGGAGAGGAAGUUUAGUUUUUCGACUUUUUCCGUCCUCCUCGACUCCACUCAAAGAUUAGCUAAUGUCUUUAAAAGAACACGACAUGUUUGCUAUAUGAAUUACACAUCUGGGACCUUACCGGCGUUUACCGUGAAAGUCAAAGUCAAAUUCUCGUCAGUACCCAACAAGCUAAUCGACGCGGCUAGCUAACGUUAGCCUCCGCUUCUAUUUUUUGUACCGCUUGUGUGGAGCUCACCGAGCUAAAGAAGCCAUGGGGAACCGGGGCAUGGAAGACCUGAUUCCCCUGAUCAACAAACUCCAGGACGCCUUCAGCUCCAUCGGACAGAGUUGUAACUUGGACCUUCCUCAGAUCGCCGUGGUCGGAGGGCAGAGUGCCGGGAAGAGUUCGGUUUUGGAGAAUUUCGUGGGCAGGGACUUUCUUCCGAGAGGCUCAGGCAUUGUUACUCGCAGACCUCUCAUUUUGCAGCUGGUCAACAACAAAGCAGAAUAUGCUGAAUUCCUGCACUGCAAGGGAAAGAAGUUUGUGGAUUUUGACGAGGUGCGCGCGGAAAUCGAGGCGGAGACCGACAGGAUAACAGGCUCCAACAAGGGCAUCUCUCCCAUCCCAAUUAACUUGAGGGUCUACUCUCCACAUGUUUUGAAUUUGACCCUGAUCGACCUUCCGGGAAUGACUAAGGUUGCCGUGGGAGACCAGCCGGUGGACAUUGAGCACCAGAUCCGGGAUAUGCUCUUGCAGUUCAUCACCAAGGAAAGCUGUCUGAUCCUCGCAGUCACGCCGGCCAACACCGACCUUGCCAACUCGGACGCGCUAAAGAUCGCCAAGGAGGUGGACCCCCAGGGCUUGCGCACCAUUGGCGUGAUCACAAAACUGGACCUGAUGGAUGAAGGCACUGACGCAAAGGACAUCCUUGAAAAUAAACUGUUGCCACUGCGCAGAGGCUACAUUGGCGUGGUAAACAGAAGUCAGAAAGACAUUGAUGGCAAGAAGGACAUCCGUGCUGCUCUGGCAGCCGAGAGAAAAUUCUUCCUCUCCCACCCAGCUUACAGACACAUGGCGGAGCGAAUGGGUACGCCACAUCUACAAAAGGCUCUCAACCAGCAACUGACCAAUCACAUCAGGGACACACUUCCUGGUCUGCGCAGUAAGCUGCAGAGUCAGCUCCUCUCCCUGGAAAAGGAGGUGGAGGAAUACAAGAACUUCCGUCCAGAUGACCCGACACGCAAGACCAAGGCUUUGUUGCAGAUGGUGCAGCAGUUCGGCGUGGACUUUGAGAAGCGUAUUGAAGGCUCUGGAGACCAGGUAGACACCAACGAGCUGUCUGGUGGUGCCAAGAUCAAUCGCAUCUUUCACGAGCGCUUCCCAUUCGAACUAGUCAAGAUUGUAUUUGAUGAGAAGGAGCUACGGCGGGAAAUCAGUCACGCAAUCAAGAACGUUCACGGUGUCAGAACGGGGCUGUUCACUCCAGACCUGGCGUUUGAGGCCAUCGUGAAAAAGCAGAUCGUUAAGCUGAAAACGCCCUGUCUCAAAUGUAUCGAUCUGGUCAUUCAGGAGCUCAUCAACACAGUCAGGCAGUGCACCAACAAGCUCAAUUCCUACCCAAGACUGCGAGAGGAGACGGAGAGGAUUGUGACCACUUACAUUAGGGAAAGAGAAGGAAAGAGCAAAGACCAGGUUCUGCUGCUGAUUGACAUUGAGCUGUCCUACAUCAACACCAACCACGAGGACUUCAUUGGCUUUGCUAAUGCACAGCAGAGGAACACAGUGGCCAACAAGAAGCGGGCCAUUCCCAACCAGCUGGGCAUGCUCGGAGAGGUCCUGGAGGAGCAGGUGAUCAGGAAAGGCUGGCUGACCAUCAACAUCAGCAUUAUGAAGGGGGGCUCCAAGGAGUACUGGUUUGUCCUCACAGCAGAGGCCCUGUCCUGGUACAAAGACGACGAGGAAAAAGAAAAGAAGUACAUGCUGCCUCUGGACAACUUGAAGAUCAGAGACAUAGAGAAAGGCUUCAUGUCCACAAAGCACAUCUUUGCAAUCUUCAACACUGAGCAGAGGAACGUGUACAAGGAUCUACGACAGAUAGAGCUGGCGUGCGAUUCUCAAGAGGACGUGGACAGCUGGAAGGCGUCAUUCCUCAGGGCCGGAGUUUACCCGGAGAAGGACCAGGUGGAGAGUGAGGAGGUUGCUCCGGCGGACACGUUCUCUAUGGACCCUCAGCUGGAGCGUCAGGUGGAAACGAUCCGCAACCUGGUGGAUUCGUACAUUGGCAUCAUCAACAAAUCCAUCAGAGACCUGGUACCCAAGACCAUCAUGCACCUCAUGAUCAACAAUGCGAAGGACUUCAUCCACUCAGAGCUGCUGGCCUACCUCUACUCCUCAGGGGACCAGAACACCCUCAUGGAGGAGUCAGCCGACCAGGCCCAGCGCAGGGAUGAAAUGUUGCGCAUGUAUCACGCCCUCAAGGAGGCGCUGCACAUCAUCGGCGACAUCAGUGCCAACACCAUCGCCACCCCGGUCCCCCCACCUGUAAAUAACACCUGGAUCCAAGACUCCAGCCCAACUCCUCAGCGCAGGCCGCCCCCCACCACAGCCGCACCCCCCAGCCGCCCACCAGCAGUCCGGGGCCCGACGCCCGGACCCCCCAUGAACCCUUCUCCUGCCUUUGGCGCCUCGCCGCUCAACCCGUCUUCCGCCUUCGGCGCCCCCCCCAUCCCCUCUCGGCCAGGACCGCCCCACAGUGCCUUCAACAACCUCCAGGACCCCUUCAGUGCGCCCCCGCAGAUCCCCUCCCGGCCAGCCCGCAUCCCACCCGGGGUUCCCAGCCGAAGACCCCCUGGGGCUCCCUCUCACCGGCCCACCAUUAUCCGCCCUGCUGAGCCCUCCCUGCUAGACUAGACCCCCGCGGUGGCCGAGCCUAAUUCUCUUGUUUGUGUGCGUGUGGUGGGGAUAGAAGGUUCCGCCUCUGUGCUGUGCAAAGUGUACAGAAAAUAAAAGUAGGAUGCAUUGACAGGCUAGUUGUUGUUUUACAUCUUGAAAUAACUUAUUCAUUGCCUCGCUCACCCCCCCGACACUUCAUUUCCUGAUAGCAUUCUAAUCAAGCAUCUUUUUUUAUUCAAAAGGAUAUAUGUAGCUUUAAAAACAAAAACAAAUGCCUCCCGUGGUGAAAAGUCCGAACACACACGUGAACCAUGGCGCCAUGGCUACCUGCAUCUAUGCAUUCAACCUUUUUGUAAAUACGCGGGCCGCACUGUGGAAGGUAGCACUUGUAUCUUAUCUAACAUGUCAUGUGACUAACUCGUCUCAAAUGUAUGGAUUCUAUCGAGAUGCUUUUAUUUAUAACCCACAUGUCAGGGGGCGUCAUUAUUUGCCAUUAUCGAUCGCUUGAACUCAUUCUAAUCACUCAUUUAGGGGCUGCUUGUGUUCAGCGGUGGUGGGGGUUUGGCUGGUUGAAGGCACAUCCUGUCAAGAGAAGCCACAGAAUAUCCCAACACAUGAAUAAUCACUGUAAAACUAUUCCAACCUCUCGACAGAAUGUGCUUCUUUCCGCCUUCAAUCAUUGUCAGCACGUACACCUUCUCUCCACUAGAGGGCGCCUGUAACUGAAGUCCAGCCCAGACUGUACAGUCCAUAUAAGUCCUGUAUUAAGACUUAAGUUCACUAUGUCCUCCUUCCUCCCUGAUUUUUUUUUUUUUUUGUCCAAGUGCCUGUGUAGACAACAUGACAUGAAAUGAUGUAGAAAAGACACAAGUCAAUAAAAGCGGUGUUGUGUACAAUAAAAAAAAAAAAGAAAGGGACUGCUUCUUCUGGUGGUUGGUGUCUCCUUGUGUCCUCACUUUCAUCUCUCCUCCUCUCUUUCACCAUCCCAAAUUUCAACAGUGGGUCCAAACUCAGUGGACACUACAUUAGGUACACAUGCACAAUGUCAGGUGUAUUGAAAUGCCACGGAGCAUUACACUGUUUAUUACUACUUAAUACAGUAUUAUGUAACUAAAUAGUGCAACCACAACAUGUGAAACACCUCAUUCUUGUAGUUCAAACACUAAGAAUUUGGUUUGAUAUUUUAUUAUCAUUUAUGCUUACGUGUAAAUACAAACAUUAGCUUUAAUGGUAUUUUUUUAAUUUUAAAUUUCAUGCAUACUUAAGAAUGUACAGUAUUGCUAUUUUACAUCCUGUUAUUUUAAAUUUUAUUGCUAAACAUUUACAUUACUGUUGCAUAAAUGCUAUUUUAAAUGAUACUUAAAAAUGUACAUUCAUGCAAUUGUACAUUCUAUAUGUGCAUUUAAUUUACUUAAAUGUAUUACUUUGUGUGAAUGCCACUGUACAUAUAAAAUAUAUUCACAAUAGGAAAUAUAAUUCUCGCUCAUUUUACAUUAAGAAAAAAAUGCGUAAACAUGUAUUGCAUCACUGCUGUUAUUUUGCAUAGUUUGCAUUUUUAGUUUAGCAUAACGAAAUAUUUCAGAUUGAUAUGCAAGAUUAUUUGCAUCCACUUUAUUCCAUUAUUGUAAAUAUAAUUCUAAUUUUAAGAAAUUUAAAAAUAUUCCAAAAUAUUUAAUUUGCUAAAUGUUCUUUUCAAGCGAACGCUUAGAAUCAUUUUAGUUUAUAUUUAUUUAAAAUUCACUGUGAUAUAUACUUCAUUUUUAAAUGUUAUUUUUCUUCGGUCCUCCAUUUCUAACGAUCCCCAAGUUAUUGACAUUUCUUGACAGGAGGUGACAGUACGGGUAUCUUCGUCAAGGCAGCAUUUAA